AUGAGACCCGAGAAGACGCCGCCGCCGCCGCACGGCGGAGAGCCGUUUCGCCGAGUGACCUUCUCGGUGGUGAGCCAGCCCCAGGACCCUCACCAGCAGGGAUCGCUGCAGAGCUGCUACGACAGCGGCCUGGACGAGUCGGAGACGCCCAGCAGCAAGAGUUCGUCGGGCCCCCGGCUGGGCGCCCUCCCCCUGCCCGAGGACAGCUACGAGAGGACAACGCCGGAUGGCAGUGUCGACUCUCGGCCCUUGCCUGACGUAGCCAUGACUGGCAAGUGCACCCGGGAAUGCGACGAGUACGGCCACUCGGACUCCUGCUGGAUGCCUGUGCGCACGUCGCCAGAGCGACGGCCAUCAAAGUCAACCACCACCCCUCAACAACCAAAGCUUUCCACUUUCAUGAGCGGCCACGGCCACGGCCACGGCAGCGGCAGCGGCAGCAGCAGCGGCAGCGGCGGCAGCAGCGGCAGCAGCAGCGCCGAGCCCGGCAGCCAAGAGACCCUCGCCAUGGCCGCCAUGGCCAAUGGAGACCCCACCGCCGCUCACAUGAUGGGCGACCGCAACCGCAACCUGCUCAGCAAGAAGAUGGCUUCCUCCUCCUCCUCCUACGAGGCCUUCGGCUCGCCCUCCUACGGCUCUCCGGGAACUGGGGAGGAGACGCUGCACCACCCCACGGAGGAGAUCCCUCUGGCGCCCACCGGGGAGUACAAGCCCACAUCCUGCGGUACUCUGACGCGGCGGGAGGUGUACCUGUGAGCGCGAGUCACACCGGCUGUGCCGCAACACGUGGCAUUAAAAUUACAACACCGUGCAUAGUUGUUUAAGCUGUAGCGGCUUUUAGCCACCCUCGUUCUGCAAGGUAGGACUAAACAUUCUCCAAAGACUUUUACGACAGCUCCUAAAUGACCAAUCUAAGUGGAUACACCAUUUUUUUAAGUGCUAUUUCCGGCCAUGACCCCGGUGAGAGAGGAAGGAGGAGGAGGAGGAGGAGGAGCUUUUGAUGGGCAUUGAAUGGACUUGGGAGGAGGCUGUUCUACUGGCGAGUCGGGCUCUCCUGGACAACCAUCUGCUGCUUGACAGUCAAUCUGUACAAUAAUCCAUUCAUUUUACAUACACAGUACAUGCAUGCAUCACACCACCCCACGUCCCCCAUGAAGGCCCCAUCACCUGAAGAUGACAAUGUACAAAAGACGCUAUUUCAAUUUUCCGUUUGAGUUUUUCUUUUUCUUUUCUAGAGACAAAUCUGUACACUUGGACAAGUUUGACCGUUUUUUUUUUAAAGUUCCAGAACACUGCUCUCACCGUGAUGUUCAGUGGCUGCAACAAUAUAUUGGACGUAGCGGCCCAUCCUACGGAGUCGGCUACGGAUUCCGUCACCUAGACCGCUUGUGAUAUAAGUCGCUCACUAGCACUACCAAAACUUCCUUCAAAUCUUAUAUCGACCGGGAAGCUUUAAAAUACCUAGAAAUCAAGACUUGUGUCCUCUCGAGGUGGAGACAUUCUUGGACACACUUGGGAGCCAAUGGAAUUUGCUGCAACACCCCGUUAAAGACUACAACACCCCCUGUUAUGAAGAAUUCAUCAGGACUGAUUGUGACCCUAUCAAGGGGAAGAGUUCCUCUCUGUACAUACACAUUGGACCACUACAUCGCUAACUGCUCUCAUUCCCUUUUGUCUUGGUACCUUUUCCUCAGUCUCUCAUUCUUUGUCUUUGAUUGGCGAGGUUGAGACCAAAACCCUCCUCUUACUAAAUGCAAAAUUGCCGCAUAUUCAGAUUGCCUCGGUUGGAUGCUACUGUCUACGUCAAGUUGUAGUACUUUUUUUUUUUUCUCCUUUUUUCGCAAAUGGUGUAUGCAGACACACACACACACACACACAUACAAGCAGAAAAUCAGUUUCAUUCAACUGAAGCCAAGGACACUGCUGGACUGAAAGUCCUGGUUAAGCACAGUGCGGCAUGCCGAGAUUAAAACUAUGAAGGUGCAAUCGUAUGUGUGUAUGGGCCCGAUAUGCAGUGUAUAGUGUGCGUUUGUAGGCUGUAUUUAGUGUAUACUGUAGAUGCACACCGAUAGCAGGCUUAGGGCUGAUCCUAAAACGGCUGCGAGGACUUCUUUUUACUGUUUUUUUUUUUUUUUUGUGUGAUAGACUGAGCAAUAAAUAUCAUAAAUGUCCACGACCAACAAGCAUCAACUUCUUUUUCACGUCUACUCGAGCCCUCAAGGUCACACUGCAUCACGGCUGUGGCUGUACAAAGAGCUGCUUUCCAUAUUAAAAGGUAAUGGCAUCUUUGAGCAAGAAUGUAAGAAUCAGCUCAAUGGUAAAACAAUCAAAAUGCGACUUCUCGCCAAGAGGUUUAUGGAUUAGAGCGGAAAAAGAAGAAGAAAAAAACAGUGUCAAAGUGAAACCAAAGCUUCGCAAACAGGAUGAAGCAUUCACUCUUUACACAUAGAAAAAAAAAGAAGAGAUUUUUGCUUUUGUUAUCCAAUACAUUCCCAAUUGAGUCACUGAGAGACGAAUGUGAUGUCCCAACAGAUAUCUUCACGAUAUCUUCACAGCUGACACAUGACAAUGUCGAGAUGUUGUGCCUCCCCGUCUACAGUGAUGUUUGUUUUUACGCGGCUGCAGAGGUGCAAAAUCUCACGACUGUAAUAAAGCAAAGAAAUAGCAGAUGCAAUGGAACCUUUUUUUUUUUCUUUUUUUUUUGUAUCUUGGCAAAACCCCCUUUUGGUUUGACCGGAGCGUUUUUUUCCGCAUUCCGGCAAUCUAUAGUCUGUAAGUACUACUCGUUCGCAAGGAAGUGCUCCUAUACUUAUCAACUGUAUACAUAAAUAUUUACUUUUUACUGCACGUUUAAUGGGAACUUACUUCACUUAUUGAGAAGGAAGAAGAAAAAAAAAUAAAAACUGUAUAACAAAAUGUACAAAAAGAAAUGUUUUCCCUGUAAACACGGAAAUCCACCUGGUUGCUUGCUUUUGUUAUACCUGAAGUAACAUGUAGUACAACUUAGUAUAUCAGUUCAGUCCAGUUUUAUUUUUCAUACACAAUCAAAUCUGUGUCUCUUGUAUCACCACACAGACCCGAAUCUUGCACCCUUUUCAUUUUUAUAUCAUGAGAUUUUUUGAAAUCUUCCUCUUGUAUUUUACUUUUUAAUCCCAUUCAUGUUUCUGUUACAAGUCGAGACCGUGAAAAUAUUCAUGACAAUGUACUGAGUAUUUUACUUUCUUUUUCUUUAUCUGGUGCCACUUUGUAUAUUUAGAGUGCUUCUGACAACAACAAAAAAAACAACAAAAACCAACACAACAAAAAAAAUAAUAAUACUAGAGUGAAUGCAAAUAUGCAAUUGUGCCUUUUAUACCGACCGGUAUGAUUAAAUGUUGGUUUGGAACGGUGCAUAAACAAUUACGUUGAGAUGCUUACAAAAAUAGAUGGGGUGACAUUUAGGAACGGACUGAAUACAUUUGCAUAUCUUACACGAAAUCCCUUGAUGUCAAAGGCUACUCGGAGGACACCCAGUCAAAUGUCAGUAAUACACAAAAGACUUUUUCGCUGGGUUCAAUUAACUUGUUAAAAUAUCCAUUCCUAGCCUAGUCCACCAAAAGUACAGGUACAUUCAACACUUGCUUGUUGGUAGUAAUAAUAAUGAUAUAAUGGGGGGGGAGUGGGUUUUUCGUCGUGUUCCACUCAUGUACGACAUCUGAGGUCAAGUAAACUUCUUUGUGCAUGUAACAAGCUCUAGGACUGAAUAUAGAAGCAUUGAAAGGUAGGAACGGGGGAAGCAUUCCAACUGCUUCCGAGAUAAAAAAAAAAUGCCAGUGUGACGGUUUACGACGAGGAGUGGAAGUGAGAAGAGGAAGAAAAAAAAAAAAAAAAAGCUGCAGGGGAGAGCAGCUGACGGAACACACACCUCGGCACUCGUGCGCAGACCCACGGUGUGCACGUGGGUAGGUGAUGAAACCUCGUACCACAAGUAAAAGCGGUAUCAUGUUUGACUCCCUACGUGGAGACGGAAAGAAAAGGCUCUAUAGUGGGGGGAUCGCCGAUAGAGUGAAAGGAAGACAUAUCGAUAUCCACUUCAGUGCUACAGGAAGCCAGAUUACUGUUUCUUUUUUUUCUUUCUUUUUUUUACAUUUGACAGAAAACAAGGAGGUUCCCGCCACAGACAGGUCUGUGUCUGGCCGGGCCGAGGUGCGUGUUAGGUCCGUGCUCUCCUGUAUUCGUAUAGCCUUCACAGUGUGUAAUGAGAUUUGUAAUAUUAACCAUUACUAUUUGUCCUGCGACUUGGAUGUUGAUAUAGAAAUUGAGGAACAAAUUUAUCAUCGUUUAAUAUGAGUCACUAUGCACGCAGCUUAGCUGAACAUGGCAAAGUGUAUUGAACGCAAGUCCACUUCUAUUUAUGAGAUAUUUUACAUAAUUUAAUUUGCAUUUGUACAGGUUUGUGUAAAUAUAUUGCUUGUCAGUUUUUGUCUCUGCAGAAAUUAAAAUACAACAUGGUAAAACAAG